ACAGAUGGCCACAGGCUGCAUAACUAAGCUGCGCCUCUCUCUGGGCAGUUACGGUAGGAGACGACUCCUCCCCCACACAGCAGGCUCGCGCAGCUCUGUGCCUGCAAAGGAUUGGUUGUACAGCGGGUGCCGUUUGGCGCAGUUUUGAGCUACAUCCGUUAACAAAGGGCGUCCAUUUAUUUAUUUCCCGUCUUAUUUUAGCGCGUUCGCCGUCAAACAUUCACCAUGAGCACAAUUAACGUCAAAAAGCUUAAAGUUAACGAGCUCAAAGACGAGCUGAAAAAGCGUAAUCUUUCGGACAAGGGGCUGAAGGCCGAGCUGAUGGACCGCCUGCAGGCCGCGCUGGACGAGGAGGCCCUCGCUUCUCCGCAGGAGCAGGCAGCUGAGGCGGAUGACGGUUUCGAGCAGGCCGCCGACCAAGAAGGUAUGGCAGAGGAGGAAGAAGGAGAGGGGGAGGGAGAAGGCCCCAUUGAAGAAAGCAUGGAGGCCAACGAGGAGGAAGAGCCGGAGAGUGGGGGCGACGGCAAUGGCGUUGCCGUGGACGAAGAAAUGGGCGAGGGAGAAGAGGAAGGAGACGAGGACGAUGAGAUGGACCCCAUGCUCAAGGGAGACGUGGACGACAUGGAGAAAAUAGAUACGGAAGACGGUGAGCCGGGAGAGCAGGCUGCCGAGGGGGAUGCGGACAAAGACACGAAUGCUGAUCAGAAGAAUAAGAAGGGUGUUAAGAGACGCCGGGAGGAACAUGGAAGGGGCUACUUUGAAUUUAUUGAAGAGAACAAAUACAGCUGUGCCUCGUCCAAGUCACCUGUUCCCCCGUUGGAGGAAGAAGACGAAGACAAUGAUGACACAAAAGUCUGCCUGGAUAGCUACAACUCUGACCUGCACUUUAAGGUGUCGCGGGACCGCUACAGCGCCUCGUCUCUCACCAUGGAGAGCUUUGCUUACCUGUGGUCCGGGGGAAAGGCUACAUACGGUGUGAACAAAGGCAAAGCCUGCUUUGAGAUGAAGAUCACUGAGAAGAUUCCAGUGAAGCAUAUUUCCAGCAAGAACAUGGAGAUUCAUGACGUCCAAGUCGGAUGGUCCCUGGAAACGGGCACACUGCUGCUGGGUGAGGAAGAGCAUUCCUAUGCCUACUCCGGAAAAGCCAAGAAAACCACCAACUGUGUGACCGAGGAGUUUGGAGAGACCUACGAGGAGAAUGAUGUCAUCUGCUGUCUAAUUGACUUUGAAGGUGAGGAGGUGGUGCUGUCCUACUCCAAGAACGGAGGCGAGCCAGCUGCCGCUUUCCAAGUCGGCAAGGACUCCCUGAACGGCCGGGCCCUUUUCCCCCACGUCAUCUGCCGCAACUGCGCUGUGGAAUUCAACUUUGGCCAGCUGGAGACGCCAUAUUUCCCCCAGCCGCAGGGCUACACCUUCCUGCAGCAGAUUCCUGUCAGUGAUCGAGUCCGUGCACUCAAAGGGCCGCAGACCAAGGCUGACUGUGAGAUCAUAGUCAUGGUUGGUCUGCCGGGCUCAGGGAAGACCACGUGGGUGAAUAAGCAUAUCCAAGAGAACCCUGGGAAGUACUACAUCCUGGGCAGUGACACGAUUGUGGAAAAGAUGAUGAUCGGCAGCAUGAAGCGUCAGUCCAAGGACAUCACAAAGUUGACUGCCAUUUCCCAGCGUGCACCGCUCUUCUUGGGAAAAUUCAUUGAGAUUGCUGCUCGCAAGAAGAGGAACUACAUCCUGGACCAUACCAACCUGUCUGCUCCGGGCCAGAAGAGGAAGAUGUGUUUGUUCGCAGGCUUCCAACGCAAGGCUGUAGUCGUCUGCCCGUCUGAUGAAGACUACAAGCAGAGAGUCCAGAAGAAAGUUGAGACUGAUGGCAAGGAAGUGCCUGAGCAUGCUUUACUCAAAAUGAAAGGCUUCUUCUCUCUGCCCGAGGAGGGCGAGAGCUUCAAUGAGGUCAUCUACGCCGAGCUGCAGAAAGAUGAUGCUGCCAAGCUCCUGGAGCAGUACAAAGAGGAAAGCAAGACGGCUCUGCCUGCCGAGAAAAAGCCAAACCAGGGGAGCACGACGCCUAAACAGCGCGGUGGACAGCGCGGUGCUGGACGCGGUGGCAAAAACCAGUUUGCCCGUGGUGGCGGACCUGGGCAGAGAGGUGGCAGCCGUGGAGGCUUCCAGAACAGAGGCAACUUCAGAGGAGCUCCCGGGCCUCGCGGGGGGUUCAACCGUCCUCCUCGCGGCUUUCUGCCGCCCCCAGCCUUCAGAGGAGGAUUCCCCAAUCGUGGAAACUUUAACCGUGGUGGCGGCCCCAUUCCUAGCCUGGGUGGAUCCCCCAGGGGCGGCCCGAUGAGGGGCAACAUGGGACACAGAGGAGGACCCAUGAGCAGAGGCGGUCCAGUGAACAGAGGGAACAUGAGCAGAGGAGGCGGAGCUAGCAUGGGUCGUGGUGGAAACAGGGGUCACCCCCAUCAGUUUCAGCAGCGAGGGGGGGGCCGUGGCAACUUUGGCAACAAGAGCAGCAACUAUGGAGGCAACAGGAACGGCAUGGAUAAAGCCCAGGCCUUCAACCAGAGCUGGCAGCAAGGGUUCUGGAACCAGAAGCCGUGGAGCCAGCAGUACCAGCCUGGAUAUUACUGAGACAUUUGUUCUAAUGGACUGGUGGGCGACACUGGGAUCCACCGCUAGCCACGGAACAUCAUCCACUCCAACGUUUGCUUACUUUCCUUUAGAACCCACUUUUACUAAUGAUCGUAAAACUCACGACUGAUAACGAGACUAAAGCUAAACGGAGCGACGACAUUCCAUCGGAGGAGAGCAGGCAGCACGACUGUAACUGAAGCUCUGUAUCGUCACACAGAUGUACACAGUGUGGGUUCAUCCUCAUUCAGCCAUCUUUUGUUGUUGUUGUAUAUUUUACCCUCCUCCACCUUUUUAAAUGCUUUUAAAACAUGUUUGUAAUUUCAGGAACCAGAAACGAUUAGUCGGCCCAGCAGGCUUUGAAGAGAUUUUCUUUUUUCAGGGUUGUGCAUUUUAUCUGUGCUGUGGUUUUUGUUUUGUUUUUCUUUUUGUAUUACAAAUUGUAAAUAUUUUUUUUAUGCGUAGUUUGCAUAAAGGUUUAAGGAACGUGAUGAUUUGAUUGGAACUUUGGCUUCUUUACAGGAAGCGUUGGUAGCUGGUUGGCCUGUACCUGUCUGUAGAGUCAAACAGCCAGACUGAAGCAGUGAAAUUACAGCUUUUCUUUUUGUUCCCACGAUCAAUCCUGUAACAUAAACUCCACAGAGCUACAAUAAACACAUCGUUGGCUUUUUUACAUUCUUCUCGGCUUGUGAUUUUUGACUUGGUUCAAAGGUGUGUAAAUGACCUUUGAACGGGCCGUGGCCUGGUUUGCUAUCAGCCCUGCUAAACACCUCAUUAGUUAAUAAAUAACCUCAAGUGUCUUGUCUUUGAUAUGUUGUUUCCGGUCCUUCAGCUGUUCAGUACUUUUAAUUUGAAAACGUGUUUUGGCCAAGCCAUCUUUAAGGACAGAAGGAAGCCAUGUUGGUCAUACAUUAUGCUUUUUAAGGUCUUUAUUAAAACAUUAAAGUUAGAGCACUGACGUUCUCAGGAGAUCGUUUGUUUCCUAGAUUGUCUUGAUUAACGGUUCCUUUUAGUGCAGUAGACUUCUGAGAAACGCCGAGCACUGACCAGUUAUAAACGUCUCCACGGUAACGACUUCCCUUUUCUUCCUCGUACUGGUGAUUCGUGUAAACCUCGCUCUCUCAGUUUUGAUGGUGCCAGUUUAGCACAGAAAGUGGUUUUUAAAAGGAGGCCGGAUUGCUCAUUUUCACCAGCAAACCUAGAAAGGGCUGCACAGUUUGAUGGCUGACCGCCCGAACCGACCUUUCAACUCUGACGGCGCCGUGUUUUGUUUUGUUUUUUUAAAUGCUCUGGUGUUGGUGACUGUGUGGCCCAGCAAUAACGGCAGCUCCACAUAUACUGUCUCCACGUCGACCUGGUACCCGGAUCAUGUUUGACACUAGAUUGACUUUUUAACGUUACAAUAGAUCUGAUCAAUCCAACAGUUUCUUUAGAUUUGUUUUGGUUUGCCCGUCUUAUUUAAUAAACAUGUAAAUACUAAAUGCAUCACUAAUCCAGCCAUGCACGAAUGUUCAUGAAUUAAUAAAUGUGUUGUGAUAAAGAAAGUAUUAGUUUGCCACGUACUGCUGUGUGAUGAACUAUUUAAAUGUCUGGAGAGUUUGACCUUUUAUUAUACUGGAUAUUAAAAUCGAGCAGAAUGCAAGCUUUGGGUUUACAGUAUAAUCUAUAAUACAACAGACACUAUAUUUUUAUCGCUUUGUGUUGCAGGUUGUAUAUCAGGUCUUUUAUUAAACCAACAGUGCAAAAGCUCUGAGCUUUUUCAGAUUUGUUGUCUUUUCUAUCUGACAGUUUUUAAUAUUUGUGUUUGAAAAAUUGGGAUUGUAUUUUUUUUUGUCUCUAUUAAAGUUAAAGAAGCUGGUA